AGCGCGGAAAAGGAGGAGGGAGGAAAGGGGAAAAAAAAAAAAAAAAAGAAGGGGGGGCAGCAGCGUUUAAAUCCCUGCCCCCCGCUCCUCGCCGCCUCCAUUCCUCCCUUCAUUCGACCUCCCCUCAGGAGCCGCCGGAUCCAGUGGGAUCUCAUUGUCUGGCUGGUGUAAUCCCCUCUUCCAAAAGAGUCGCCCAUCUCCAUCUCCAUCUCCUCGGAAACGGCUGAAGAGGGUUGUGGAGUCAUAAAAAUUUAUGUUUUCAUCAAACCGGGCCAAGGAGAAUGGGGGUCCCACACCCAAAAGAAUGAAGACACGACAGAACAAGGACUCAAUGUCAAUGCGGAGUGGACGGAAGAAAGAGACUCCGGGGCCCCGAGAGGAGCUCAGGUCACGGGGUCGAGCUUCCCCUGGUGGUGUCAGCACCUCCAGCAGUGAUGGCAAGGCUGAGAAAUCCCGACAAGCGACAAAGAAAGGCCGUUUGGAGGAAUCCUGCACCCCCAAGAGCAGCAAGCAGGGCCGAACAGAAGAGAUCUCAGAGAGUGAAGGGGAGGACACCAAUGCUCCCAAAAAAACCAAAACUGAGGAGCUGCCCUGUCCUCCAUCCCCAUCCGAUGUUGACAGCCUUGACGGCCACAGCUUCAAUGAUGAGAUGAGCAGCGACCCACGGGAUAUUGACCAGGAUAACAGGAGCACCUCGCCCAGUGUCUACAGCCCUGGGAGCGUGGAGAACGACUCCGACUCUUCUUCUGUGCUGUCCCAGGGGCCGUCUCACUCCUACCACCACCCCCCGCUCUUCCCCGAGAGCCCACCGGUAGCUCCCCCUCCCGACAGCUUGGCCCGUCCACCAGAGCCCAGCUUUGGGCUCCCGGGAGAGGUGCACCCCCAGGGACCCCCCGCAGGAAGUUACCAUUCCCAGCUGGAGGGCCAGGCCUCACGAAUUUUCCAGGCUCAAGCCCCACAGACACCUGCCUCCUCCUCCUCCUCCUCCUCUUCCUCCUCCUCUGCUGUUGCUGCCCCUUCCGCUCCACCUUCCUCAUCCUCUUCCUCUUCCUCCUCCUCUUCCUCCCACACUCCCCUUUAUCCUGCGGCCAAUGUGGUCCAGGUUGGGGCCAAAAUUGCCAGUGGAGUGGGGGGGCUCCCAGCACCAGGGGCUCGUGAGCAGACCCUCAGCGCCAAGCACAAUCCACCCCCUACCACCCCAAUCUCACUGGCGUCCGUAGGAGGAGCGCUGCCCUCUCAAAAGACACCCCCAGCCAACCCCCCCGCUGUCCCUCCGGCCUCGGCCCCUUCCUUCCCCCACGUUUCCUCCAACCUGCCUCCUCCGCCGGCCCUGCGCCCCCUCAACAACGCAGCGGCCGCCUCCAGCUCCCCCGGGAUGGUGGGGCAGGCCCUGAGCGGCCACCUGCCCUCGCCCCACAGCAUGGGGCAGGACAAGGCACCGGCCCUGGCCCCCUCCCGCUACCCCUACGCGCCGCCGCCACUGCCGCCCUCCAGCUCCUCUGCCCAGUACCCCCAGCCCUCGCCGGGCCAGCCCCUGCCCAGCUACAGCGCUUCCUACGGGCACUCCUUCCCCCCGCCCAGCGGCCUCUCUGUCUCCAGCCAGCCCCCCAAGUACACCCAGCCCUCGCUGCCCUCGCAGCCCGUCUGGAGCCAGGGGCCGCCCCCUUACAGCCGCCCCCUGGGCAAUGCUGGCUCCCACCCCGCCGCCCCUUUCCCUGGCCAGUCCCCCCAUCACCAGCAGCCUCCCCAGCAGCACCACCACGGUCACGGGAGCAGCGGGGGCGUCUCCCCAGCAGCCACAGCUCCUCCCCAGCCCACCGGGGGCUACCCCCACGGCCUGGAGUCCAGCAGCCAUCAUCCUUCCCAUCCCACCUAUGGGCUGCGCCUCUACCCUCCCCACAGCCAGGCCGCCUACAGCCAGGCUCCCUCCGCCACCGCGGCCGCUGCCCCCUCUUCCUCCUCCUCGUCCUCGUCCUCAUCCUCAUCCUCUUCCUCGUCCUCCUCUGCUGCCUCUUCCCAGGGAAGCUACCCCAGCAUGUGCACGCACCCACCGGGGCAGAGUCCUGCCACCUACACCUUCCCCCCGCCGCCACCGCCCUCCCCUGCUCAUGGGGCUGGCCCUCCGGUCACCUCUGCUGCCACCACGCUCUCCACCGUCAUCGCCACCAUGGCCUCCCCCUCUGCAGCCCCCUACAAGACGGUCUCGCCCCCGGUAGCCCCGUCAGCUGUGGCCCCCUAUGGGAAGCGGGCGGCCUCUCCUGUCCCCACCUUCCAGCCCCCAGCCCCCUACAAGCCGGGCUCGCCCCCCACUUCCUCGGCUGCCCCUUUCCGUGCAGCCACCCCUCCUGGCUACCGGGUGGCCUCUUCCCCUGUGGCGGGGGGCUACAAAGCCCCCUCACCCGCCCCCUCUGCCCCACCACCCUUGCCGGGGAGCAUGGCUGCCCCGGCCCCGCCGCCACCCCCGCUCCCCCUCAGCGCUGCUCAGAUCAAGCAGGAGCCGUCGGAGGAGUACGAGCCCCCGGAGAGCCCCGUGCCACCUGCUCGCAGCCCCUCGCCGCCCCCCAAGGUGGUGGAUGUGCCGAGCCAUGCCAGCCAGUCAGCCAGAUUCAACAAACACCUGGACCGUGGCUUCAACUCCUGCUCCCGCACAGACCUGUACUUUGUACCCCUUGAUGGUUCCAAGCUGGCCAAGAAAAGAGCAGACUUGGUGGAGAAAGUGCGUCGAGAGGCCGAGCAGAAGGCCCGUGAAGAGAAGGAGCGUGAACGGGAACGGGAGCGGGAGAAGGAGCGUGAGCGGGAGAAGGAGCGGGAGCUGGAGAGGAGUGUGAAGAUGGCCCAGGAGGGCCGUCCGGUCGAGUGUUCGUCCCUCGGGCCGGUUCCCCACCGCCCCUCCUUCGAGCAGGGCAGUGCUGUAGCGACUGUUCCCCCAUACCUGGGCCCCGACACGCCGGCUCUGCGCACCCUUAGCGAGUACGCCCGGCCUCAUGUCAUGUCCCCCAGCAACCGCAACCACCCUUUCUACGUGCCCCUGGGCGCCGUCGACCCGGGCCUGCUGGGCUACAACGUGCCAGCCAUCUACAGCAGUGAUCCAGCCACGCGGGAGCGGGAGCUGCGGGAGCGGGAGGCCCGCGAACGAGACCUGAGGGACCGGGACCUGCGUGAACGCCUCAAGCCCGGCUUUGAAGUCAAACCGGCCGAGUUGGAGCAGCUCCACGCCGUGCCCGCUGCUGCCAUGGAUCCGUUCCCACGCCACGGCGGGCUGAGUCUGCAGACGGCCCCCGGCCUUCAUCCCGCUUUUCCCUUCCACCCAGGGCUGGGCCACUUGGAGCGGGAGAGGCUGGCGCUGGCAGCCGGCCCGACCCUUCGUCCCGACAUGUCCUACGCAGAGCGCUUGGCGGCCGAACGCCAGCACGCUGAGCGGGUGGCCGCUCUCAGCAAUGACCCUCUGGCCCGGCUGCAGAUGCUCAAUGUGACACCUCAUCAUCAUCAGCAUUCCCACAUCCACUCCCACCUCCAUCUCCACCAGCAGGAUGCCAUACACGCAGCUUCAGCCUCUGUUCACCCUCUAAUCGACCCCCUCGCCUCGGGAUCACACCUCACCCGGAUACCAUACCCAGCUGGAACCAUCCCCAACCCUCUCCUGCCUCACCCUCUACAUGAGAAUGAAGUGCUGCGCCACCAGCUCUUUGCCGCGCCCUACAGGGACCUGCCGGGCUCGCUCUCGGCGCCCAUGUCGGCGGCGCACCAGCUGCAGGCCAUGCACGCGCAGUCGGCUGAGCUGCAGCGCCUGGCUCUGGAGCAGCAGCAGUGGCUCCACGCCCACCACCCCCUGCACGGCGUGCCGCUCCCCACGCAGGAGGACUACUACAGCCACCUGAAGAAGGAAAGUGACAAACCCCUUUAAAUGGACUUCUACUGUCAGUGUGACAUCAUCAUGUCUUCCUCUCAAGAGGAGCAAUCAAUCAACCAAAUCCUGGGGGAGGGGAAGCUGCAAAGUGACACAUCCUGAUCCCACCAUGCAGUAGAGUACAAGAGAAGAUGACAAAAA